AUGGCGUUUGUACUCAGAUCUGCAGGUUUGGCUGCUCUUGGAGAGUCGCUUCUUCCAAGAGUCGGGAUCCCUUCCAUUAAAAUCGGUCUUACUAUCCCUGCAUUGCUUCAACCACAGGGUGAAACGAAAAAGUCAUUGGAGGAGCACCUCUGCGAUCACGAACAGCACGCUCAAGCACCGGCAAACGGUAUUGAAAUCGAUGCGGGCAUUUUGAAGGCAGCACCAAAGAAGAAGGUGUCUCAUCAGAAGAGAAGACAGAGAUUAUAUGGACCAGGUGACAAACAAAUCAAGUUGAAGGAUAACUUGAAUAGAUGUCCUGCGUGUGGACACUAUAAGAGGUCCCAUUUCCUGUGUAUGAACUGUGUUUUGCAAAUUAGAAACUACUGGAAGGCCAGAGACGCACCAGCUCCAAGAGAAGCAGAAGAAUUUGCGAACCCAUUAGAUGAAAAGGUGCUAUACCCUGGUAAGACUGAAAGAGAUUAUGAGAGAAAGCUGCAAUCUAAAGAUUGGAUUCCAAAGAGGCCAAAGACUCUCCCUGUAGAAUAG